AUGAACGUGCCGAAGCAAAAGGGCAAAGACUCAAAGGAGGCGCAGGGAAGCGGAAAUUCCACCAUUAUCUGCAGCUGCGGAAAAUGCUUUACAGCAAAGUCUUCACUUGAGCAGCAUUGGAGGGACUCGCCCAAGCACAAAGAUGAGGUGCAGCCCAACGACUUUCCGAGGGUUGACCAGAAUACGUGA